ACAAAACUGUGGCAACUGAAAAUAGAAAUAUGAUCCCAGUCCUAAGAAAACCAGGAAUCAUUUGGAAGCAUUGCUAUCAGUUUCAUAUUUAUCCUCACUCUAAACACAAUGGUUGGCCAAGGUCUCUGGAGACUAAUUGUACUUGUUCUAUCAAUCCAAUUGUCAGAGAGUGGAUUUGUCAACGAAUGGGUUGCUCUAGAUUUCCCUGUUUUAAGGUCUGUUUUCCUGGUGCAAAAGCCAAUUUUCAUUUGCGAAUCUGUCCCCAAAAGCGUCAUCAAAAUGUUCCAAAAGCCCAUUCAGGUCUUGCAAGCUCUACCCGACAGGGUUAAUCCCCGUGUUAAUCUCCUACUUUGCGCUGACGACUUCGAACCACUAGAAAUCCAAAGGUUUUUGCGUCAAAACAACCGAAUUGGAUCUCACAUCCCAUCAUUCGUUAUUGGGACCAAUCUCACUGAUGACUAUUUGAGGCAGUUUCCAAUGAUUCAUAUUGACCAAGAGAUCUACUUUGUGGAUGAGACCACUCGCAUCCUUUACGAGUCCUACACCAUCGCUGAGCAAACCAUAGUGAACAAUCUCCUCGUCAUUGAAGAGCACAAGGUGGCAUGGAAACAGACUCGUAGCUUUUUGGAACGCAGGAGCAAUUUCCAUGGGAGGCACUUUCAGAUUGUGAGCGAUAAUCAAUUGCCUUAUCUAAUGUUCGAUGACGACAUAGUGGAAAGUAGGCCUGUCCUAGAAACAGCUUCUGGCGACCAAAUUGUACCUUUGGAUAACAUGGAAAUGUCGGGCAUAUUUUGGGAGACGUUCCUCGUUCUAGAAUCGAGCUUGAACUUCACAUAUGACAUGUUCGUCCGAAAGGAUCGUCGGUGGGGUGUCCUAAAGGAUGGCCAAUGGGAUGGAAUGGUGUCCACUUUGGUGAAGGAGGAGGCUGAUUUCAUUCUAGGAUCCGUUACCCUUAACUUGAUGAGAUCCGCCGUCAUCGACUACUUAUCCCCAUUGGCUCAUGAAACUUAUGGGGUAAUCGUUAAAAAUGUGGGCCGGGAACAGCUCUCAUGGCUGAGCUUUCUUUUGCCCAUGAGUGAGGAUGCUUGGCUGGGAUUAGUGGUGAACGCCUUGUUCCUACUUCUGGUCUUGAAAUGUUUUGAAUAUAUUUCCUCGACGAGCGAUCCAACACCAAAUGUGAAAAAGAAUCCCUUGGAGAUCUUGGGGGAACUGCUCCAAGAUUUCUGGAUGUUGUUCUGCUCGUAUUUUGGAAGGAAGCCCCCUGAAGAGGGGGAGAGUCGAAUUAGGCAGAAAACCACAAGCCAAAUCCUGAUAUUCACUAUCUUUCUGGCCGGGAACAUCGUAUUCAUGUCUUACAAAGCUUCGCUGACCUCGGAACUUAGCAGCCGAAUUAAACGGAUACCAUUCGAUAGUCUCGAGGGAUUGGUGGAAACUAAUUACAAGGUGACAACAAACAAAGGUGGUGGUCUUAUGAUAGAUUCGUUUGCCCGGGCAGAGGAGGGAACAGCCUUGAAUCAGAUCUACAGAAAAUUCUUUGAAGACCAAUUGGACCAACUAUAUCCGGACAUCAAGACUGGGUUGGAAAAUCUAGUGAAAAAUCCGUACGAGGCUUUUUUCAACGUCAUCGAAUCCGUUUUGGGUUACAAGGACUACCAAUGUUCCAUAAUCGUGGCUUGGAAGACCAACUAUCCGAACUUCUUAUCCUUGGCCUUUCCGAAAAACUCAAGAUAUUUCAAAUUCUUCAACUUCAAAACCCUUCAAUUCAUCGAAGGUGGAGCUCUUGACGUUUUGACAUAUCGUUACAUUCAACCUUUUGAGCAACGUCAAUGUGAAUUGGAAGGCCCCAGUGGUUUGGGGUUGGAGAAACUGAUCAGCUUGUUUGGACUUCUCGGUGGGGCCACGAUAAUGUCAGGUUUGAUCUUUCUUUUUGAGACUUUCGGACGAGUUGGGAGAGUCUCAAGAACCCCAACGCCUUUGCUUCCUGCGAGAUCCAGCAGGUCCCUCCAAUAUUGGAUCCGCACCAUGCCCAUCAAAUAUGGGAUCGCCAAUCAUGAUGCUUUUAUGGCGGAGAUGGACAAAAUCAUCUGGCUUGCCAAAAGAAGCCCCGACCAGCCAUGACCCGGUGUCUAAGUUAUUUUGAGAAGUACACUCCAGUCGUCAAAUCAAUCAGCUCUUCAUUGUAUUUGACUGAGAUCCCUCUUGAACUUUUUGUCAACAAACUUUGAACCUAUCUGACGCUGUGCUAGAUUCUUGUUAGCCAUGUGCGGUUUGUGAGCACUCCAUAAUAAUCACGAGGCGAGAAAUUAUGUACAAUUGUGCCUGCCAAUCGUUUGGGAAUUGCACACCUGCUCAAAAGAGAAAAUAAAGCAAGUUGUGUGUGAUGUGUA